AGUGGCAACGAGUUCUCCCCUGUCUAUAGCCAGUGCUUCUCCUUCUUUUUCUGCUUUUGUCCCUUUGCUUUUUCAGCUACAUAUGUGGUUGAUUGAUUCUCCCUCCUAUUUAAAGAUUCUUAAACUGAAUCUUUUCCUUCUCUUCCUUGAAACCUCUCAAAUCCCUUUCGUUUUAGCUUCUUUUCUUUGCUAUUAAUAGACACCCAUUUUAGCUCUCUCCUUGUUCUCUUCUGGGUCUUUCUUUCUUUAACUGAAAACUAAAAAUCAUUGCUUUUUCCCUCAGAAAAACCGCUUCUUUUCUUUGCUUCUUUGGGUUUUUGACGUGCAGAUUCCGGGUCUAACUUGCAAAAGAAACUUCCCUUAUCUGUUAUAAUAAUUCUGAGCACAAAUCUUCCUCCUCUUUCCACAACACAUUUCCAUUCUUCCAAAAAAAAAAAAAACAACCAGCUUUUCGAUUUUGUUUCUCAAGAUGUUUGACUUGUUGAUGAAGCCAAAGUUCUAUGCAAAAUGCAAAUCGGACAUAAGGAUGAUUAAGAUGAGACUUGAGACUAUACAGAAGAAGAGAAAUACGGUGGAGAAGUAUUUGAAGAAUGAUAUCGCUGAGCUCCUCAGGAGCGGUCUUGAUUACAAUGCUUAUGGCAGGGCUGAAGGUCUUCUGAUUGAGCAAAACAGAACAGCCUGUUACAAUCUCAUAGAGCAGUUUUCAGAGUGCAUCUCAAAGCAUGUGUCCGUCAUGCAAAAGAGUAGUGAGUGUCCUGAGGAAUGCAAAGAAGCUAUACCAUCUCUAAUAUAUGCUGCAGCCAGAUUUGCAGAUUUGCCAGAACUACGUGACCUCAGAACUAUGUUUACUGAGAGAUAUGGGAAUUCCCUAGAAUCGUUUUUAAAUCAAGAGUUUGUGUGGAAACUAAAGGCAGAGCCUCCCACAAAGGAGAUGAAGCUUCAAUUGAUGCAUGAGGUGGCGCAAGAGUUUUCUAUUGAAUGGGACUCCAAGGCUUUGGAACAGAAACUGUUUAAGCCACCUCCACCACAGCAGAAUGAGGCCUGGCACAAGUCUUUAGAUGAUGCUGAUGAUGAUGGACACAAGUUGUACAGGAGCAAGAAUGAUACGUUCCAGAAAAGCAACAAUCAUGAUGAUGAGAAUGGAUUGGGUAACAUGCUGGAGAACACUAGGCCGAAAAGAAAGGAAACAGACCUCACUUCUCAUGGGAGAAAGGACGACACUGAUGAUAAGUACAAGCUGCAUAGCAGCAGUGAAGAUAAAGUUUUCCCAAACACUAGUUCUACUUCAGUUGAAAGUGUUUCUGAGGAUAACAUCGAAAACAGGAAGCCCUUUUACUACAGAUUUAUGCCUCCUCCGUAUGUCAGGCCGUCCCUGGGCAAAGAAAAAAGCAGCACUGAGGAGCCCACGACACCAAGUGAUAAUACUGAUAACGAGAAAAACAGGAAAUGGGAUGAUUCAGUUGGUGAGAGUAAGCCAAAGCCAAGAUCAGUUAGGAGGAGACCUUUAAAAACACCACCAGGCCGUGAAGUCUUAAGCAGUGAUGAAAAUGAUGGGGCUGCAAAAAAUUUCAGUUCAAGUGCAGUGAAUCGCGAAGAAGCAAGAAAGGGUUUGGCAUCCAAACAAAUGGAAGAAAGUGAUGAGAGGGACAACGAGGAGAAGAUGAUGGAUGGGCUUUUGAUGCACUACAGUACGAAAAAGUCGCCUUACGAAUCGGCAAGCAAAUGGAAAGCAAAUCUAAGACUUGCUCCUGGAAGACAAACAGCUGAAGACAGCAGCAAAGGCUCAAGGUUCCGAAGCACUAAAUCUGAUCCUAAUUCCCCUCCUGGCAGAGCUGCAACUUUUCCAAAAGAGGCCACAAGUCCAACUGAAACCACAGGAAGGCAUGCACGAGCCUCCUCGUUGCAGCCAGACAUGUUUGCUGGACAUGUGCAUCCCAAGCUACCAGAGUAUGAUGACUUGGCAGCUCGGCUUGCAGCUCUAAGAGGGGGAUAAAGGACGAUAUAUGGCAUCAGGAGAGGAGAGUAGAGAUAAUUCUAUUCAUUUUAAUUCUUUCUAGUAUUUUAGUUUCUGGGUUCAUUCAUUUACUAUAGCUUCUCAUUGUAUGGUUUCUUUUGUAAUCAUUUGAUUGUAUAAAAAGCAUUGCACGCUCUACAGAAAAAGCAAUAAAUGAAAAAGCUUGUAAAAAUAGGUUUGGAUGUA